AGCAGUAAGUUUUAUAUGUUACGGUCGAUUGAAAAAUCCAAGCCGACCAAUCAAAACCGGAGAGAUAGCGUAACAAAAUUAUCUAUAAUAAUAAAAUAUAACCAUUCCGCAAUCAGAAAACGCACAAAACACACUUCACGUGCUGUUUGUAGUAGGUAUUAUCCACCCAAGAUCAUCAAAAUGCCAUCGAAUCAACCGCAACAAGACAUCGGCACCCUCCUAGUCCAAGUCACACAGGUCACUGCAGACGUGAUAGUCGUACUUCUGCAAAUACUAUACUCCAUAGUACUAAGUCUAGGACGCCUGGUAAUACAAAAGCAACCCAAAUCCGUCCGAGGCGAAAUCGUCUUGAUCACAGGUGCUGGACAUGGAAUGGGCAAAGAGUUGUCUUUGUUGUACGCUUCAGAGGGGGCGACUGUAGUAGCCUGGGACAUCAGCGAGAAGACCGGCCUGCAAACUGUUAAAGAAAUCGCGCAGAAGGGUUACCCCAAAGCUCACUUCUUCAAAUGCGACGUGUCGAACCGAGACGAAGUCCUCCGGGUCGCCAAAGAAACCCAAGACAAAGUCGGAGACGUGACUAUUUUGUUCAACAAUGCGGGGAUUAUGCCCACCCACCCUUUCCUUGAACACACGAAGGACGAAGUGGAAAGGAUAAUGAACAUCAACGUCAUGGCGCACUUUUGGACUCUGGAGGCUUUUCUUCCUGUUAUGAAGAAACAAAAUUAUGGACAUGUGGUGACGCUGUCUUCGUGCGCCGGUUUGCUUGGAAUUCCGAAUUUGGUUCCGUAUUGUUGUUCGAAGUUUGCUGUUAGGGGUAUGAUGGAAGCUUUAUACCAAGAGUUUAGGCAAGACAAGAAGAACGAAGUUAAGUUUACUACGAUUUGUCCCUAUAUGGUGGAUACGGGGUUGUGCAAGAAGCCUGUGAUUAGGUUUGAAAAUGCCAUGAAGCUUGUUGACCCUCUAGACGCGGCUAGGGAGAUCAUGAAUGCACAACGUUUGGAGCUCAGGGAAAUUACCAUUCCUCGAUAUCUGUAUUAUUGGCAGUUUGUUCUUAGAAUGCUUCCUGAGAAAGCUCAGGGUUAUAUUGGAGACUUUCUCUCAGUUGGAUUGGAGUCAGACUUAUCCUAAAAAGGUUGUAAGCGUUUGCUAAUUUUAUCAAUAUCACUAUGAAAUAAAGAUUGAACCGACAAACAA